UCAAAAAAAAAUUAAACAAAAAUAUACCCGCCCUUUAAAAGGGCGGGUCAGAAUCUAGUUCUAAUUAAAUGACACAUCAUCAUAUCUCUUUUUUAAUUAGUAUAAAAUAUAGGUUACACUUUUUAAAGGAUCCUCAAUUAAUAUAUAGGAGAUGUAUAUUUAACUUAAAAAUCUAUAAAAUAAAGGUAAGGUCCAAAAGUAGGAUUCUAUUUUAACAAGGAGAUCUAUAUAAAUUUAAGACAACUUUUGACAAAGAAUCAUAUAAAUAAAGCAUUUCGACCCUUUUUCCCACAACAAAAUUGACAGAUAUAAAAUAAUGAAUAUUAGAAAAACAUUUGUUAUGUUUUUUCUUGUAGUGGUAUUAGCAACGUCUUCGUUGUCCAACUCCAACGUUUUAGCCUCACCGGUGAUCAAUCAAGUGGGUGGAUAUACUCAUUGCAUUUUAAGAUAUUGUACAAAAGAUUGGUUCGACAUUGACUGCGAUGAUGAGUGUAAAAGAAGAACAUACAGCACAGGGGCAUGUCUUGGUCCUUUUCCAAAACUUCAAUGUUGUUGCAAAAAGUAAAAAAAAAAACUUUAGAAAGUGGUCAUCUUUUAUACAACUGGUGAUUUAAGGGUUGGUUUAUAUUUUUCUAUAGUAUAAAAAGAUAUUUUAUUAUCUUGUUUUAUUUUCAAUAAAAUAAUCUAAUUAUAUUAUUAUUUUUUGUGUGUGUUUAUCAUCGUUUUUAGUUUUUUUUUUACUUGAUUCGAAAGAUCCUCAUUAUCACAUAAAAAUUAAACAAAAGAGUAAACAAAUUCAAAAAAAUAUAAGAAAAAAGCAAUUCCAUGAUGAUAGUAUUUACAUUUUUGAUAUAUACCAAAAUUAAAAUCUAAAAACAAUAUGGAUUUGUUGAUCUAAAUUUGUUAGAACAUAUAUUAUAACUCUUUUUACAAGGAUAAAAUAGAUGUUCUAACUUAUCUUAUAUGUUUUAUAAAGUUACAAUUUGUGUUGUAACGUCUUCUCUAUGAUCUAUCCAAAUAUAGAAUACAUAUGUCUCUGUUCUAAUCAAAUGUCUUUGUUAUAUAUAUAUAUUGUAGGCUUUUGUGUUCAUUGUAGAAAAAAUUAGAAAACGUUGAUUUGUGUUCUAUCUUGUUCAUAUAUUGUAGAUAAAACAGCGCGUUCUUACCUGUAUGCUAUGCUCUAACCAUAAUAGAAUUUAAAUUCUAACAUUUUUCAUGUGUUCUAUCUUAUUUAUAAUAUGUAUUCUUACCUUUUUCUAUGUUUUAUCGUUUUUAGAUUAUGUAUUUUAUAUUUUCCUAUAUUCUAUGUUUUUAAAUUUUAGAAAAUCUAGGAAAUAAUUCUAAAUAAUUUUAUUCAAAUUUAUCGUGUUUUAUGUUGAAUUGCAUUGAAUCACGUUGAAUUCAACUUUUUUAUUCAUCAAUUUCGUUCCUUUGUUCUUCUUGUGUUCAAAAUUACCUUGAAUGGUCGGAAAUAGAAGAGACUUCGACAGAUGAGCAUGCAAUAGUUGGCUGGAAUGUCGAGACAAAGUUCACCAAUUCUCCGUAAUGGAAUGCCAAUUAAGGGUUAUUUUUAAUACAAUGCUGAAAGUGAAAAAAACUAAAUAUUUCUAAUUAUUUUACUAACAAACUAAAUAAAUAAACUAUAUAAAUAUUUAGCUUUUAUUUUUGAUUGGCCAAUAUAAUUUAUAAAUUAGAUUAGAUAUUUAAUUUGUAUUAGAUUAUAAAUUAGAGGCUUAAUUUCGUAUUUAUAAAAUCAAAGGUAUAUUAAGACAAAAAUUAAUGAUAUCAAAAAUAUAAAAGUACAAACCAAUCCUCAAUAUGGCCUUCCUAUUAGCCAAAUUUCCCAUGUGUAAGUAAGUAACUCUCAUUAUUAUUAUUAUUAUUAUUAUUUAUUAACAUGGGGUAUCCCAUGUCUAUAAAGAGGUCUAUACUGUAAAAUAAUGAACGGCGACUCUAGGGUCUUGGCGAUUGGCGAAGGUAGGGUUUUGGAGUCGGGAGAUCGAGAUGCAACCAUGAUGGAUGUGGGGGAGAGAGCGAGACCACCAGGAGAUCCACCAGAUGCGGUAAUCUCGUGGGCAGCUAAGGCAGCGGGUACGAACGGGGGAGGCAUGCCAAAUCCAGAGAGUAUUAUGGAUGAUUCGUUUGUGGCGGAGCGGCUUCGGGUGGACUUUCCGAAUGGGGAGGAUGGUGAACCAUCAAUCACGAUCGAAUCGGAAGUGCUGGAAGCGAUGAACGGGAUGUGGAAGCAGUGUAUGAUUAUUAGGGUUUUGGGAAGGAGUGUCGCGAUAACUGCCUUGAACAAGAAACUAAGAGAACUAUGGCGUCCGAAGGGAGUAAUGCAUGUAAUGGACUUACCAAGACAAUUCUUCAUGGUUCGGUUCGAGAAGGAAGAAGAUUACUUGGCAGCGUUAACAGGAGGCCCAUGGAGGGCUUUUGGUAGUUAUCUCAUGGUGAGAGCUUGGUCGCCAGAGUUUGAUCCCCUCAGAGAUGACAUUGUUACGACACCGGUUUGGAUCAGACUGUCGAACAUCCCAGUGAAUUUCUACCACCGAUCAAUACUCAUGGGCAUUGCUAAAGGACUGGGGAGACCAAUUCGUGUUGAUCUGACCACAUUGAAUUUUGAAAGGGCAAGAUUUGCGAGAAUAUGCGUUGAAGUGAACCUUGCAAAGCCUUUGAAAGGGACAGUGCUAAUAAAUGGAGAGAGAUACUUCGUAGCCUAUGAGGGUCUAUCAGUUAUUUGUUCAAAAUGUGGAAUUUAUGGACAUUUGGUGCAUGGAUGUCCGAAGAUGAUUGCGGAAAGAAUGGCUAACUUGGCCGUAAAUGCAGAGCCGCAGGCCAAGAAUGGACUGGAAAAUAGACAAGAACAGCAAAUGCAAGAGGAUGGUUUUGUUCGGGUAAAGGGACCAAGGAGAGGGUCGCAGAUGCGGACCAGACAGACAAAGAACGUGAUGGGUGAAACUAGUGGAGAGGCAAGUCAGAACCAAGAGAUCGCUCACGGUGGGAAAACCGCAGAGAUUGCUUUAUCUAAUAAAUACGGGAGUUUGGAGAUGGACACAAACUUGGGAGAAACACGGGAAGAUUUUGUUGUGGGAGAAGAGAACAAGGAGAAUCAGGAUAUGAAUGUGGAUAGAAACAGAGGUAAGGAAAUCUCGCGUGGCAAAGAGACUAUGAUCUUUGGCGGGAAAGCAAACAUAAUGACGGGUUUGAAAGUGGGGAACAAAGAUAAGUGGGCUGGGGAUAAGAAGACAGGAGAGGGACCACGGGGAAGGCCCAAAAAAUUGAAUAAUCGGCCCGCUCGAGGGUUGGUUUUUGGCCCGACCAAAGGUGAGAUCAGUCUAUCGGAGUCUGGUAAGAGACUGAGAGUGGAGAGGUUGGAUGCAGGGAGAGAUGUUGAUCUAUUCAGAGAAAAUGCGGCGGCAAUUGGGGUUGCAGAGAAACCGCUGCAGUUACGAGAUGAGGAACUGGCAAAUCCGAUGGAUAAUAUCACCAGCGAGAUGGAACAAGGAGACUCGGAGAUACAGACGAGCUCGCAGGGAGAUGGAAGGGUUUUGUCCCUUGCAUAA